AUGAUGGAUCCAAAUAAAUAUAGCUCUUAUAUCUUUGAUUGUGAUGGUGUCUUGUGAAAAGGACAUCGAGAUAUUCCAGGAAGUUUUGAAGUAUUGCAAGCUUUAAAAAGCAAUGGGAAAAAGCUAUAUUUUCUAUCAAAUAAUUCAACGAAAACUCCUGAGGAGCUUUCUCAACAAAUUUCAUCUCAUGGUUAUCCAGCUUUACCUGAAGAAAUUUAUUGUUCAGGAGCAGCAAUUAGCAAAUACUUAAAAAGAAAACAUCCAAAUGCUAAAAGGCUUUAUUUGAUUGGCACAGAUCAGCUUAAAGCCCAGCUUGCAGCUCAUGGAUAUGAAAUUUUGCAUAUUUCUAAUAUUGAGCAAUCUAUUAUUACUUCAUUUGAGGACAUAGAGCGCUUUGCUACUGGGAAUCCUGUCGAUUCAGUUGUGGUUGGGCGUGAUAUGAGAUUUGACUAUAAUAUGGGAUAUAUGGCAUCACUCUAUAUCCAAAAUGGAGCUAGUUUAAUUUCAGCCAAUGGAGACUCUGGGCUUGUUCUUAAUAGUGGGAAAACAAUACCUGGCUGUGGGCCGCUUACUGCAUUUUUGGAAAUUGCGACAAGAACGAAAGCUGAAAUUGUGGGAAAGCCAAGCACUUUUAUCCUGGAUAUUAUAAUUGAAGAAAAUAAUUUAGAAAAAGAAACAACAGUUUUAAUUGGAGAUUCAAUGGAUUCUGAUAUAAAAGUAGGAAAAGAUUGCAAUGUUGAUACUUUACUGGUUCUGUCUGGAGUGACGUCAGUUGAGGAUUUGCCGAGGUAUGAUUUUUCUCCAAAUUUUAUUCUCCCAAAUUUGGCGUCAAUAUUUAAUUAA